AUGCGGGAGGUUUGUGCUGGUUGCAACACCCCAAUCUCAGAUCGCUUCCUGCUGCGGGUGAAUGAGCGCUCCUGGCACGAAGGCUGUGUGAAAUGCGCUGCUUGCCUCCAGCCUCUCUCGGGCACAUGCUAUUGUCGCAACAGGCAGCUCUACUGUAAGCACGACUAUGAAAAUUGCCCCAAUUCUGCCCCCCCCCUUUCUGUCAGGCUGUUCCAGACCAAAUGCAGCGGCUGCCUCAAAGCUGUGGCUCCUUCUGAAUUCAUCAUGCGGGUGCUAGAGAACGUCUACCAUGUCCACUGCUUCUCCUGCUGUGAGUGUGAGCGGCGGCUGCAGCGUGGGGAUGAGUUUGUCCUGAAGGAAGGGCAGCUGCUGUGCCGCAGCGACUAUGAGAAGGAGAGGGAGAUGCUCAGUGCCAUCAGCCCUGCGCCCACUGAGUCAGUGAAGAGUGAAGAUGAGGAUGGGAGCCACCCACAUGGCAAAGGAGGAGAGGAAGGCAAGGAUCACAAGCGCUCCAAACGCCCACGCACCAUCCUCACCACGCAGCAGCGGCGGGCAUUCAAGGCCUCCUUUGAAGUCUCCUCAAAGCCCUGCCGGAAGGUGAGAGAGACAUUAGCAGCUGAAACUGGUUUGACUGUCCGUGUAGUGCAGGUCUGGUUCCAGAAUCAAAGAGCCAAGAUGAAAAAGAUAGCCCGCCGGCAGCAGCAGCAGCAGCAACAGCAGCAACAGGAGCAAGAACAGCUGGGAAACCCCCGUCUAGGGACGGGGAGGGGAAAUGGACGCAGCAGCAGACAGAGCAAUGAGGACAGUGAAGAUAGCGCCAGCGUGCAUGGCAUAGAUGGGCUCAUGGUGCCCUACUCCAGGAUCGCACAGCAGCAGCUGCUUCCCUUGGAUCAGAACAGCUACAGCACAGACUUGUACCGGCAAGGACUCACCCCACCCCAGCUGCCAGGAGACCAUCUUCAUCCGUACGAUUCAGAAGGUGUUUUCCAUGACAUGGACAGCGACACCAUUGGCCACUUGGGUGAUUGCCUGCUGUCUGCGGCUGAAGCCAACCUCCUGCAAACUCGAGUGGGCAACCCUAUCGACAGGCUGUACUCCAUGCAAAACUCCUACUUCACCUCCUGACCUUUGGUUCUUCCACCUGAUAUGUGCCACUCUGGGUGUAGGAGGGGGUAAAUGGCAUGAAGGGGCAAGACCAAUCCAUUGGGAAGAACUGUUUGGACCCUGUAACACUAAUAAGGCAUGUGAGGCUGUCAGGCCUUUGCGUGCUUAUUCCUGGGCACUGAUAAUUGAACCAUGGAGGACCUUGCUACACUGCCUUUACCAUCCCCUCAGCCAAUGUCCUCUUGAUGGACAAUUUCAUAUUGUGUAGCUGUAUGUCUAGCACCGUGUUUUUUGUGUUUAAACUGCAGGGCAUUACACCUAGUUGAUACAUCAAGAACAGAGGCAGGAGGUCUAGCUCUUGAUAAGGUUUACAUACUUUGGGGAUACUUUUCCCAACUGUGUCUGUUUUUCUCAACUUUUAUUGACACAAAAAAUCCCCUUAUCUGGAAUGUGCUAAUGUACCAAUUAGACAUCAAGGAAACAAAUCCCCUAAAGAAAGUGUAUCACCUUUACUUCAACAGUAAAAACAUUUGUUUCUGUUAGGUCAUAUUCACUGCUAGGGCUUUCCACCUCCGAGAAUUCUGGGAUCUCUAGUUUGUUAAAGACAGUGAAGUUCUGAGCUCAGAACCCCUGCCUCCUCACAGAACUGCAAUUCGUAAGGUUCUUCUUGGAAAAGGAAAGAGUUUAUCAUUGAUAUAUAUGAUACUUACCUUCCCCCCAAUAGUUGAGAGGUUCUGUGGACUUCUGAGAUAUGGUCUAGAUUAAGGGCAGAUAGCAUGGGGACCUAUGGAUGUUGUUUGACUCUAAUCAGCUCCAAAGAACACGGCCAGUGAUUUGCUAUGAUGAAAGUUAGAGUUCAAGAACAUCUGGAAGACCAUAGA